UUUUGUUUUGGCUUCAAUCCGCCAGCUGGUUCUCCGGGGCUGUUCCUGCCGGCCUGAGGAAGAGGAGGAGGAGGAGGAGGAGGAGGAUUGGCUACAUCUGCCCCUAUCUGGUCGGGUGGAGGGGAGUGGGGAAUCUAGAAUUAGCGGGGCGAAGUCCCGGGACGGAGCAUGGGGGGCUGGGCCCAGGCCCAAACCCAGACCCAGGCCCAGGCCCUACCAGUGCUGGGCUUUUGCCCCGCGUCGUGUGAUCGGCUAUCAGGGUGGCCGCGAUGUUUCUAGACCCCGGGGAAGGCGGCAGUAUGAGCCUCCCCUUCUCCUUCUAGAACCACCACCUUCGCCUGCUGCUUCCUUCUCUUCCCCCCUCCCUGUCCUGCAGUGAGUGGGAGCCGAGAGAACCUCGAGUUGAGAAUCGACCCCCAGGCCAUCCCCACAUCCCGAUACCCAGCCUCCCGGCAUGGCUCAGGAGAAAAUGGAGUUGGACCUGGAGGUGCCGACUGCCACCGCCCCCCCUGAUGGAGGCAGCCUGAGGAGAUCCAACAGUGCUCCCUUGAUCCAUGGGCUCAGUGAUAAUUCGCAGAUUUUUCAGCCUUAUGUAAUCCGAACCCGGAGGAAUAGUACAACAGUGAUGAACCGUCACAACUUGUUGCUGUCAUCUUCUCCUAUUCGUGUUCCCAGCAGCAGACUUCAUCAAAUCAAAAGGGAAGAAGGAGUAGACCUGAUGAACAGAGAAGCUGCCCAUGAGAGGGAAGUGCAGACAGCAAUGCAGAUAAGCCAUUCCUGGGAAGAAAGCUUAAGUUUGAGUGAUAAUGACUUUGACAAAUCGGAGAAAUCAUCUUCUCCUAAGAGAAUUGACUUCGUCCCAGUUUCUCCAGCACCAUCACCCACUAGAGGAAUAGGAAAGCAAUGUUUUUCACCAUCCUUACAAAUGUUUGUGAGUAGCAAUGGGCUACCUCCAAGUCCUAUUCCCAGUCCAACAAGACGAUUUUCAAACAGAAGGAGUCAAAGUCCAAUCAACUGCAUUAGACCCAGUGUUCUUGGUCCUAUUAAAAGGAAAGGUGAAAUGGAAACUGAAAGUCAGCCAAAGAGACUCUUUCAAGGCAUUACUACUAUGCUUUCUCCUGAUAUUACGAAUCUGACAGAUCUCAGUUCAUGUCUGUCUUCAGAUAUUCUGGAUGGCAGUAGUAGCAGCAUUGGCUCAUCCUCAGACUCACUGGCUAAAGUCAGCAAUGCCACAGACUCUCCAGUAACAUGUUCCAAUUCAUGCUCUUCGUUCAUCUUGAUGGAUGACCUUUCACCCAAGUGACUUAACCGUUUCUCAUUCAGUGUUCUGACCGUGCUGUUUUCUAGACAAAGACUCUGGCAGGCAGGGAAAAGAACUUCGAUCCCUAAUGAGGAUUAAGAUAUUAAUUAGAUAACAAAUUAAUGUAACAUUAUCCUUUAACAUCUCUAUUCUCAAAGGUUGAAUUCAUAGAUAUAUUAACCUUACUGCUAGUUUCUGCAAAUUUCCUUUUGUGUUAAGUGACUGUUCAGAUUAUUAAACUUAACUUUGGGUUGCUGUAGCUAUAUUUUACUUUUGAUGCCUAAAAGGCUACCUCCUUAAGGUCCUGUAGUUUGCGUACUGAUAUGUAGUUUGUAGUAUGGCUCCUUUCCCCAACGAAAACAAAUGACAGUUACAAAACUGAUCAGAAAGUCUCGUUGAGAGAGACCUCCGUUCCUUGUUAAAUCAAUAGUUCUCUACUGCUCUUCAUUUUGCAAAUGUAAAAGACUUUCAUUUGGUUAUAUUUAAAUGAUUUUUCUCAUCAGAUUGAAAUAUAUGAUUUCUCCUUUUUCCUCUUUGAGCUGCUUGCUUGUAGCCAGACCAGGAAAUACUUAGUGGUCUCUGUAGCUGCCAACGUUGCUCCUUUGUAGUUAAGAUUGUAUGGAAGGAUGAGGAUUGGUUUUAAUGUUUGAAAUGUUAAUGGACUUGGUAGUAUGCCUGAAUUAGUAAGAAUGUUCCAGAUCUUUAUAACCCAGGAGCAGCGGUAGCUAACAUUUUUUCCCAAAACUUGUAGCCCUGAGGAAUAUAUAACAUAUUAUUAAUAUUUCUAGUUAUUUGUUGUCAAGGAGAAGAAAUUCCAGCCUUGAUCAAAAAUGUCUGGUGCAUUCAGAAGUGACUAGCCAGUGUUACUGACCUAAAAAAAGGACCGUGCAGGAAAGUGCACAUGGGGCCAUCAAUGUCUCCUGUGGCAUUGAGGCCAUAGGGAUUUUUGUGCCUUAGGGGACAUUGUUCUACUCUUAAAGAAUGUAAACCAUAGGGGAAGGGGAAAGCAAAAGGGGGUACCAUAUGUAAUCAUUUGAUUUGGGAGCUGGUGCGCCUUUUUUUUUUUUUUUUUUUAAUGCAUUUCAACUUUGAAAUUUGCUUUCCCCUGUGGUGAUGAGUACCAAUGAUUCAGUCCCUCUGCAUCACAGGUUUUGUGUUGCCACUAGAGAAGAUGGAUGGUUUAAGUAAUUUUAAUGUUGCCUUGAAUAAAGGCAAGUCUCUAAAGUUUAAUUUCUAGAGGGAAUUGAAUAUUAUUCAAUUGGUAAUUGAAUAUUAGCUCCGUAUUCUACUUAUAAGAAUCACGUUUUAAUUGUAAGGAAUAUACUUGGAGCGUUUCAGUCAGUCUGAGGUAGCAAAGUAAGGAGCUUCAUAACAAGAAAAAUACUAACUGAGCUAGAUAAUCCAUUGAUUAUAAUCUGCUAUCAUGCUAUUUAUUAUUUAUAAGUGUAAAAAGUCUGUGAUGAAUUAUAGUAUUUUUUUAUGAUUAAAAUUUUUUAAACGUUUGGUAGUAGUAACUGCUGGCUUGUCUCUGAUACACAGAAUUGCCUGCCAUAAGCUUUCAUUUUUCAAUGAUGGUUCAAAAUGCUUUUGUCUAAAAUACAGCAUUUGUAUUUUUUUUUAAGAAAAUAAUGCUGAAUUUUAAAGAGAAAUUAUGUGUUUUAAAGGUAAGCAAAGAUUGGCAAUAUUGGGUAGCUUGAUCGGAGGGGAGAUUUAGACUUUCUUUUCAGCUCUAACAAGGACGUGAUGUGUGCCCUACAGGAGUCCAAUGACAGUAUCUCGUGUUCUUUAUUUUAAAUUGUAAUAAUCAUGGUAGCCAGUAAUGAAUUUAUUAUAUUCUUUUUACCCGUGGAGCAUCACUAGUUUCCCCCACCUCAAAUAGAUGUGUAUAUUGUAAAAUAUUAAUCCAUAGUGUGCCAUUUAAAAGAGAACAUAUAAUCAGUUCUACAGUAUUCAAUGUAUUCAUUUUAUUUGUAUAUGAACCAUAUUAUUUAAGAUGUUUUUGCCUGUACAGUAAUGACUAGAGUGUUUUAUCUUACAGAAUAUUUAUCCACUUUCACUUUGCUGUCUUUUUUGCCUUAAAGGGACACUCUCAGCCAUAAUUUUCAAACUCUGAAUUGAUUGCUAAGAUUUAACCUUUCAAUUCUUUGAGAUGGUUAAACCUGAUUUUAAAUUUUUAAUCAUUAAAUUGGGGCAGGGUGGGGAGCUGGAGAAGAAAACAGCAACAUAUUCCUGCAGUGUUCACUAUUGGGAUAUGAGAGCUAGGAGAUAAGACCCAUGAAGUCAUCUUUUGUUUUUUACACAGCAGCUUGGGGUUCGUGCUUAGAGGCUGCAUCUUGGAGUCAGGAAAGCCUGAGUUCAAGAUCCCUGUCUAACAUAUACUCAGCUGUGUGAUCAUGGACAACUCACUUAACUCUCAAGUGCCGGCCACUGUGGGGUUCAGUUUUAGAUGGUUGCUGAUCUGCAUUCAGCAAAAAUGAGUUCCGUAUACCAAUGAAAUCAUGGGUCUGGACCAAAAAAAAAAAAAAAAAAUGGGGGGGAGGGGAAUGUUUUUAAUUGAUCACACAUAGUGAUCUCUUUGAAAUCAAUACUAAAUAAAGGUCAGUUAACUAAUGAA